UUUAUUAAUUUAUUAUUUUCUAAAUAAUACCGCGACAAUUUCUUUAUUUAAACGCUCCGGAACAGGAAACUUAUCAACUUCAUCUCAAUAUCUUACAUAUUGAGAAGAUUCUUCUAUGCAUUUGUACCAUUUGAUGCAUUUCCAAUGAAGACACUGAAUCCAAUAUGGGCACUGCGGAGCCCACGGCGCCGCGUGUCCACGUGGUCGCCGCUGGCCACUGCCUUCAACACCAGACCAAACUCAAGACCUAUCUUUGACUCUUUGAGGGAGCGGACAGGCCUGUUCAAUAAACCGGAGCUGACCAGUUUUGAAGGCUUCACAAUCUUAAAGGAGCAGGCCAUCUCGGCCACCGAUCGGCUGAUCGAGGAAGCCACGUCGGGCCCUUCCCGGCCCAUGGUCGAGGUUUUCGAUGAGCUCUCAGACACACUAUGCAAGGUGGCAGACUUGGCAGAGUUCGUCCGCAUCGCGCACCCGCAGUCGCACUUCGCCGCCGCGGCCGAAGACGCCUGCAUCAGUGUCAGUGGCGUGGUCGAGAAGCUCAAUACCCACAAAGGCCUCUACGAGGCGCUUCGCGACUCCGUGAAACGCGGCACCUCCGGUGACCAACACCUGGCCGAGCUUUUCCUCUUUGACUUCGAGCAGAGUGGCAUUCAACUAGAAAACAACAAGCGGAAAAAGGUGGUAGGGCUCAACAACUUGAUCCUUCAGACCGGGCAGCGGUUCAUGGCGGGCGCGGCGCGGCCGCGGCGGGUCCCGAGGGAGGUGGUGCCACAAAACGUUCGACAGUUCUUCAGCACAGAAGGCGACGACAUAAUCGUGAGCGGAGUGUACGCGGAGUGCGGCGAGGCGGCCGCGCGCGAGGCCGCGUACCGACUGUACCUCGCGCCGGACACUCAGCAAGACGAACUGCUGACUACUACGUUGGAUGCGAGGCACGAGCUGGCUGAGCUAUGUGGCUUCGGGUGCUACGCUGAUAGAGCAAUAAAAGCGAGCACAAUGGAAACGGCAUCCAACGUCCGCCAGUUCCUAGACAUACUCUCAGACAACCUCUACGACCGCGCCAGACUAGACUUCGACGCGAUGCUCAAAAUGAAACAGAAAGAGACACCCUAUCUAGACACACUGUCUUGCUGGGACACCCCGUAUUUCACACAUAAGGCGAAAACCCAGCUACUAAAUGUGGCUAAUUCAGAUUUUAGCCCGUAUUUUUCGCUAGGCGGAUGCAUGGAGGGACUUAAUAUGCUGUGUCAGGAGCUGUAUGGGAUAAGUUUGCAGUCUGAAGAGAUGCUACCAGGUGAAUCGUGGGCCCCGGACGUGUACAAGCUGGCCGUGGUGCACGAGAGCGAGGGUCUGCUGGGGCACAUCUACUGCGACCUGUACGAGCGCCGCGGCAAGCCCCACCAGGACUGCCACUUCACCAUCCAGGGCGGGAAGCUGCUGCCCGACGGCAGCUACCAGAACCCGAUAGUGGUGGUGAUGCUGUCGCUGAGCGGCGGCCACCGCUCCGGGCCCGCGCUGCUGUCGCCCGGCGCCGUCGACAACUUGUUCCACGAGGUCGGGCACGCGAUGCACUCGAUGCUGGCGCGAGCACGCCACCAGCACGUGUCGGGCACGCGCUGCCCCACCGACCUGGCCGAGCUGCCCAGCGUGCUCAUGGAGUACUUCGCCACCAGCCCACAGGUGGUCCGACGGUUCGCGCGGCACUUCCAGACGCGGGAGGCCAUGCCGGAGCACAUGCUGCAGCGGCUCUGCGCCUCCAAGCACCUGUUCGGCGCCCAGGAGAUGCAGCUCCAGGUGUUCUACUCGGCACUGGACCAGCGCUACCACGGCGCGGGCGCGUCGCACGGCGGCCGCACGACCGCCGUCCUGCAGGAAGUGCAGAAACAGUACUACGGGCUGCCCUACGUACAGAACACGGCAUGGCAGCACCGCUUCAGCCACCUAAUCGGCUACGGCGCUAAAUACUACUCGUACCUAAUAUCCCGCGCGCUAGCGUGGAGCGUGUGGCAGCGCAAGUUCUCGGCGGAGCCGCUGUCGCGCGCGGCCGGCGACGCGCUGCGGGACGGCGUGCUGCGACACGGCGGCGCCAGGCCGCCACAGGAAAUCCUGGGAGAGUACCUCGGCACGGAGAUGACCCCGAACACGCUGGCCAUGGCCCUCAUCGAAGAACUGGACUACCACAAGGACCACCUCGACACGGUCUUCAAAAUCGCUGACAAGUGA